AUGGAAUUAUCUUCUGAGCGACGAGAGGAAAUUCUGAAGCAAUUGCAUUUUAUGCAACUCCAGCUGGAAAGCUACAGUAACAUUUGUUAUGCUAUAACGAGCAACACAAUAAAUGUUCGAAAAAAAUUUGUUGAGCGCAAUGGGAGUAUUCGAGGACGACGGAAUCUCGUCAAGAACACGGUGAGAACGAUGACGCAGAAAAUGGCAGUGGAGAGCACGUUCAUUAUUCCCGAAGAAGGAAAAGUCGUCGUGUACCUGACAACUUGCGGAAUUCUCCGAAAAGCAUUCGAAAAGUGCCGAAUCGCGACAAAUCUUCUAGAAGCUUUUCGAAUAAAAUUCGAAAUUCGCGAUUUGAAUAUUUCAUCGGAAUACGUCGACGAGCUUAUUGAACGCCUUCAAAUUCCACAGAAAAGUCGAAAUUUGGUUUUUGACUGUCUUCCUUCGAUUUAUAUCAACGGAUAUUACUUUGGGAAUGAGGCAACUCUCGAAGAACUCAAUGAUAAAAAAUUGCUGACCAAAGUGCUUGAGAACUGCCAAACAUUUCCAGAAAUUGGGCUUGAUUAUUUUCAGCGAACAUCGAGCACUUGUUCGGAGUGCGGAGGCCGCGGCUACGUCGUGUGCCGAAUUUGUCAUGGUAGUCGUCGCCAUCAUCAUUCCACAUCAAGUAUCGUCUUCGGCCUCCAAUUGCGUUGCUCAUUCUGCGACGUGAACGGGAUCACGAGAUGCGCGUCGUGCUAG